AUGACCAAGAUUGGACUGAACUACGACGUUCUCGCCUCCAUCCAAUCAGCUAAAGCAAAGCAUCGCGUUUUCAACCACGAAGUGUCGAAUGAAGACAUUCUCGCCGAAGCGAUGCAGCCUAUCAUCAACGGGGUGGUAGAUUGCCGCAAUGGGACGGUCAUCACGUAUGGCCAUACCGCAACAGGCAAGACCUACACAGUGAUAGGCUGUGACUUAAGUCCUGGGAUGCUCCCUCUUGCCUUCAAGAGCCUCUUCCAGUGUAUCAGAGAAAAGCCUGAUCGCCAGUAUACCAUCAGCGGCAAUAUUCGAGGCAAGAGGACUCUGAUGCUGCUGGACGGCCAGUCAGGCCAUUUUUAUGUACCUUGCCUUCCGGAGAAGAGCGGGGACAACGAUGAACAGUUGCUGCGUAUAAUGCACCGCAGGAACAGUUACAAGCAUGUGUCCGCCACCUGUAUCAACGAACGAAGUUCUCGCGCCCACUCUAUCUUCAGAAUCAUUGUGCAGUCACACAAGGCUACUGAUGGGCCUAGCACCAGCAGAGAUGAGGCGUUAAAGGACGACGUGGCUGUGAUUUCAAAUCUUGUCCUGGUCGACCUCGCGGUAUUGGAAAACCCCUCACAGACCGGCACAGAUAUCGAGCGCGUCAGGAAGGGCGAUCGCGUUUUCAACCACGAAGUGUCGAACGAAGACAUUCUCGCCGAAGCGAUGCAGCCUAUCAUCAACGGGGUGGUAGAUUGCCGCAAUGGAACGGUCAUCAC